ACAUUUAACACUGACAGCCGAAAGCAAUAGUUUUAUAUUUGCGGCAAAAAGAUUUAUUUCUAUUUUAUAGUUAAAUAGUUAAAUUGUGAAAUAUUGUUAAAAAAGUAGAAUAAUGCCUUAUGCAAAUCAACCUUCAGUGCAAAUCACUGAGUUAACUGAUGAUAACGCUAAAUUCGUGCUGGAAGACACAGAUUUGAGCGUCGCAAACAGUUUACGUCGCGUCUUUAUUGCUGAGACUCCAACACUCGCUAUUGAUUGGGUGCAGCUGGAGGCCAAUUCUACUGUGCUUUCGGAUGAAUUUAUUGCUCAUCGCAUUGGUUUGAUACCAUUGAUCUCUGAUGAUGUGGUUGAAAGAUUACAAUAUACAAGAGAUUGCGUUUGUUUAGAUUUUUGUCCUGAGUGCAGCGUUGAGUUCACACUUGAUGUAAAGUGCAAUGAUGAACAAACACGGCAUGUAACAACAGCGGAUUUAAAAUCUAGUAACCCAAAAGUUGUUCCAGUGACUUCGCGUCAUCCAAACGAAGAAGACAAUGAAUAUGGUGAAAGCAAUGAUGAAAUUUUAAUUGUGAAAUUGCGAAAAGGUCAGGAACUUAAAUUACGUGCAUAUGCUAAGAAAGGUUUCGGUAAAGAACAUGCUAAAUGGAAUCCAACAGCUGGUGUAUGUUUUGAAUAUGAUCCAGAUAAUGCAUUGCGUCAUACGUUGUACCCUAAGCCAGAUGAGUGGCCAAAAAGUGAACACAGCGAACUGGAAGAUGAGCAAUUUGAAGCAACAUACAGUUGGGAGGCUGUCCCAAAUAAAUUUUUUUAUAAUGUUGAGUCUUCAGGUGCUUUGAAGCCGGAAAAUAUUGUGCUUAUGGGUGUACAAGUACUUAAAAAUAAAUUAUCAAACUUACAAACGCAGCUGAGUCAUGAAACCCAAAAUGAUGCUUUAGCAGUAUAAUAUUAUUAUUUUUUUUUUAAACUACUGUAAUUAUACUAUUAUCUUUAUCAAAUAA